AUGCUGGAAGACAUUCGACGGUGUUUAGCAUGGCUUUGUUCAAAAUUACUUUUGGUCGUUAAAAAGCACGUAGAAAAAAUUGUAAAAAAAUUCCUUUUUUCAUCGGGGACUAACAAUUUUUUUCUGUCAGAUCUAUCUAUCUAUCUAUCUAUCUAUCUAUCUAUCUAUCUAAAUCAUUUAAUCUAUCCCAAAUUUUUUAUCUAUCUAUUCCACAUUUUAAUAAUAUAUGACAAUUUUAAUCUAUCUAUACUAAGUUUCUAUCUAUCUAUCUAUCUAUCUAUCUAUCUGAAUUUCUAUCUAUCUAUCUAUCUAUCUAUCUAUCUAUCUAUCUAUCUAUCUAAAUCCUUCGGCAACUGGCAAGGAAUUCAAAACUCACCUUUCUCGUUGCUUCUCUGGCAGAAACUGAUCGCAAUACCCUCAUACAACAACCCCAACCCGCCACCGUUACUCCCGCAGAGAGAGCUGCUCUUUCUUAAGGGAACGACGACGACGUGGGGAGGUCUAUUCCUAUUAUCUAUAUCUAUCUAUCUAUCUAUAUCUAUCUAUCUAUCAUAUCUAUCUAUCUAUCUAUCUAUCUAUCUAUCUAUCUCAUCUAUCUAUUCCUAUCUAUUCAGUCUAUUCCUGUUCAUAUCUAUCUAUCUAUCUAUCUAUCUAUCUAUCUAUCUAUCUAUCUAUCUAUCUCAGUCUAUUCCUGUUCAUAUCUAUCUAUCUAUCUAUCUAUCUAAGGCUUUCAUAGACGAUAACAAAAUUAUCCUAAAUAGUUUCUCCGCUUUCCGUCUGUUUAAACAUCUAUCUAUCUAUCUAUCUAUCUAUCUAUCUAUCUGUCUGUCUGUCUCAUAUUUUCUUUCAAUGAGAAGAAACUCUUUAUUUAUCAAUUGCCUUCAUCUAUCUAUCUAUCUAUCUAUCUAUCCUAGUCUCUUCAAAUCUAUCUAUCUAUCUAUCUAUCUAUCUAUCUAUCUAUCUAUCUAUCUAUCUAUCUAUUUAUCUAUCCAUCUAUCUAUCUCAGUUUGUUCAUUAUCUAUCUAUCUAUCUAUCUAUCUAUCUAUCUAUCUAUCUAUCUAUCUAUCUAUCCCAGUCUCUUCACAUCUAUCUAUCUAUCUAUCUAUCUAUCUAUCUAUCUAUCUAUCCAUCUAUCUCAGUUUUUCAUUAUCUAUCUAUCUAUCCAUCCAUCCAUCUAUCUAUCUAUCUAUCCAUCCAUCCAUCCAUCCCAGUCUCUUCAUUAUCCAUCUAUCUAUCCAUCCUAUCCAUCCAUCCAUCCAUCUAUCCCAGUCUCUUCAUUAUCCAUCCAUCCAUCCUAUCAUCCAUCCAUCUAUCUAUCCUAUCUAUCCAUCCAUCCCUAGUCCUUCACAUCCAUCUAUCCAUCCAUCCAUCCAUCCAUCCAUCAUCCAUCUAUCUAUCCUAGUCUCUUCACAUCCAUCUAUCCAUCCAUCUAUCUAUCUAUCUAUCUAUCCAUCUAUCUCAGUUUGUUCAUUAUCCAUCUAUCUAUCCAUCUAUCCAUCCAUCCAUCCAUCUAUCUAUCUAUCUAUCCCAGUCUCUUCACAUCUAUCUAUCCAUCUAUCUAUCUAUCUCAGUUUUUUCAUUAUCUAUCUAUCUAUCCAUCUAUCUAUCUAUCUAUCUAUCUAUCAUCAUCUAUCUUUCUAUCUAUCCCAGUCUCUUCACAUAUCUUCUAUCUAUCUAUCUAUCUAUCUAUCUAUCUAUCUAUCUAUCUAUCUAUCUAUCUAUCUCAGUUUUUUCAUUAUCUAUCUAUCUAUCUAUCUAUCUAUCUAUCUAUCUAUCUAUCUAUCAUUCAUCUAUCACAGUCUCUUCAUAUCUAUCUAUCUAUCUAUCUAUCUAUCUAUCUAUCUAUCUAUCUAUCUAUCUAUGUUCAUAUUUGUCUAUCUACAUCUAUCUAUGUACAUCUAUCUAUCUAUUUAUUUCAGCGAGCAAAAUUUUUCUUUCUUUCUUUCUGCUUACGAUACAUCACCUUCUUCCACUGUCUCAAUAUGUUCAUUAUCUAUCUAUCUAUCUAUCUAUCUAUCUAUCUAUUUCAAUAUGUUCAUUCACUAUCUAUCUCAAUGUGUUCCUUAUCUAUCUAUCUAUCUAUCUAUCUAUCUAUCUAUCUAUCUAUCUAUCUAUCUAUCUAUCUAUUUCAACGUGUUCGUUCACUAUCUCAAUAUGUUUAUUAUCCAUCUAUGUAUCUAUCUAUCUAAAUGUGUUCAUUAUCUAUCUAUCUAUCUAUCUAUCUAUCUAUCUAUCUGA